AGUGAACCUGAUUUUUACACCACCCACUUAGCAUUUUAUCUUGAUGGUGUCUCAUUUAUUCAUAAGAACGACCCACGGAAGGCAGCUAUUCAGCCCAAGUCAAGAGUCUGGCGAAAAAGAGGGGAAGGACUGUCUUUCACGGCGAAAGGUAGCAAAUCUCUGGCUGGUGGUUGGCGCCUCCAUAUUAUUGUAGCUAUUGCUUCGCAGAAAGGUGUCAUUCUAAGAAAGGACUAUGACAAAAUGGACGGUGUAUUCUUUGCUAAAUUUAUAAGGGAAAACUUUAAUUUGUGUUUUGGCAAAGUGGGCCCUAAGGCAUAUGGGAAAAGAUCUGGACCACCCUUCGUCUUGGUAUAGUUUUUACGUUUUCUCUUCGUGGCAUCAUUGCUCUUCUUCGCGCUCGCUUCGCUCGUUUUUGGACUCUUCACAUUCCGUAAAUCAGGAUGACUUUCUUCAUAUUGUGUGUCACUUUUCGUUACAUAUCGCCAGGCACUAAAGUAGUUGUGAUGGACGUUGGAAUAAUGAACUGAAAUACCGUAGGUUUGUGCUAGAAAUCUCUUUGAUGCUAACCAACACUACACUUUGUUAAGCUUCAAGGACAUGUGAUAAUGUUUCCCCCCUGAGGUGUGCUCCUCUAAACUGCAACACCAAUGGCUCACAUUGCAGUUUCCUUGAGUAAAGCUUUCCACGACUGCUCUGGCGAAGUCCGCUCAACAUGUAAAUUUCUGUAAAUCCGUCUGGCUAAUAAGUUAUUAAAUAAACACUUCUCAUAGCUGAGGUGCUAAGGCUGUUCUUUCCAAUAUCAUUCUCUACCCACUAUGAUCAAAAUUACUUUCGCCUACACUCGUUGUGUUGACAUUUCCUCCAUGAGACAUGUCAAAAUUGAUUUAUAACAACAUAUUUAUUUUUGGUAAUUAUGAAUGCUUUGAAAGACGUCAUAUCUGUUACAAGAUAAUUAUGCAGCAUUUGUAAGUUUUAUAAUUGAAAACAUUUAUUGUCAUUUUAUAGCACAAAAUUGUGAAUUCGUAAAAUACAUUAUUUUUAGACAAUCCUAGAAAAAAACACUCAGACAAGCAAAUGGAAAAGGCGUCUAAAAUUUAAAUGUCUAAAUAUAAUUGCAAAUACUCAUCCCCCCACCCCUGAGACAAUGUUGAUGAGAUGGGAAUGUCUUCGGUGAUACAUACAAAAUAAAGUAAACAACAUUGUGCUGGGGGAAUGGGGGUUAAGAGUUAUUUUCAUCUUCUAAUAAAAAAUACCUCGCAACUAAGGUGACAAGCUCAAUUUAGACCAAGUUGUCCUCGUGAGUUUUGUCUAUGAUUGUAGCUGUGAACCUAUCCGAGGUUGAACUGGGGGAACUAGGGUUACUCCCGUACUGCCCAACUCGGAAAACAAGAAGAGGAAGACUACCCAUUAUAACAGGAUGUGCUAUGAGUGAUACUAGAGAAAAAAGAUUUCAAGCAUGGCUCCUACCAUCUAGAGCCCCUGCCCCACAUGAGCUAGUGGUACGAAAGAUGCUUACAGAGGCCUUGAAAAUAGUUCUCCUAUUCAUUAUAAAGAAUCAUUUGUAUACCUUUGACAAUGAGAUAAGAUUGCAAUCAAAAGGCGGCCCCAUUGGUUUGGAGUUAACAGGUGUCUUGGCACAACUUUGUAUGGUAUGGUGGGACAGAGAGUUGGGAGACAGGUUGGCGAGAAUUGGAUUGAAAUUGUGGACAUACAAAUGUUAUAUGGACAAUAUCAACAACAUAAUGACACCUCCUAAAUUAGGAGUGAGGUUUGAUGGCAAUAAACUGAUGAAAAAAGUGUCGAAGAAGAUCGAGCUAAAUAAUUAUAGGACCAGUAUUCAAACUUCAACUUCAAUAGUAUGAACUGCAUAUACGUGAUAAAUUAUGGCAAUAACGAUUAUAGAAAUUAAAGGAGGGGUGAAUGGGUUAAUUGGAAACGAUAAGUCGAGAGAAAAAGGAGAGAGUAGGAAAGGCAUUUGUUUUCGUGAAAAUAGGUAAUGGGACAAGUACUGGUGUGAGACAUUGUGUAACCUAAAUAAUUAUAGGACCAGUAUUCAAAUUUAUUGUUAUUUACUUCAACUUCAAUAGUAUGAACUGCAUAUACGUGAUAAAUUAUGGAAAUAUGGACACGGAUGAGAGAACAAUGAGGUUAUUCCAGUCAGUCGCCAACAGUAUUCAUCCUUCGAUUGAGGUAGAGAUUGAUUGCCCAUCACAACAUCAUGAUGGCAAACUCCUGAUAUUAGAUCUUAAAGUUUGGAUAGAGAAGAGGAAUAGAGAUGGAUCACAGAGUGAAAGUAGAGUUUUGCACGAGUACUACUCAAAAGAAAUUUCCUCUGCAUAUGUAAUCAAUGCAAGGUUAGCACUAUCGUGGAGAAGUAAGAGAACGAUAUUAACCCAAGAAGUGCUUAUGAUUCUGUUAAACUGCAGCGUUGACUUGCCAUGGCAAGUCUUUGUCAAACACAUGAACCGUAUGAUGCAUUUGACUGAUUCAGGGUAUGAUAAAAAAUUUUGUACGGAGGUCGUCAAGUCUGCUCUGAAUGCAUACAAACAUAUUCUGAGAUUGGAUGCUUGCAGCAAAAAACCUAUGUACAAACCAAGAACAUGGAAGAAAAUUGAGAGAGUGAAAGAAAAGCAAAAGAACAGAACGAGUGGUACAGAAUGGGAGGUCACGACAGCAUAAUAUUUGUGCCAGCUUCUCCUGGAUCAGAGUUAAAACGUCGAUAUUAGAAAGAGAUUGAUGAAGCAGGAAUGAAGAUUAAGGUAAACAGUUAGGUAUACCACUUAAAUGCUAUUUACAGAGAUCCAACCCUUUCAAAAGUAAGAAACUCCAAAGAGAUGAUUGCCUUGUUUGCAUAUCUGUUUGCAUAUCAACAUAUGAAAUAGUAUGCAAGGAAUGCAAUUGUAAGUAUGUAGGGAAAACAGCCAGAAGCACCUACAGCUGUGGACUAGCUGGAACACCUAAAAGCAAGUAAAACUGGUCAGGACCAAUCGGUUAUGUUGAAACAUGCACAUGAGAAACAUGGGGAAAAGAUACCUGCUUAUGUUAUGGACGGGACUGGAAUUUUUGGUGAUGACGCAAUGUUACGACAAAUUACGGAGUUGGUUUUGGUAAGGAAUACACCAGGAGAAAACUUAUGAACACAAAGAACGAGUGGAAUUAUGUUAGCUUUCCAUGAGCACAAGUAGUGUUAGAUUAAUGUGCCAUGUAAUACAAGUGGAAGUAUAAGACACAAAUAAGUAUAACUACAUGAAGUAUAGCUAUAGAAACAAAAUAGCGGUUCUGAAGAGGUCUAACAAAGAAACUAGUAAAAUGCCAAUUAAUACAAUGAGUGUUGAAAGGGAUUUUUAGAAUUUUUUAGAACUUUUAGUAUUUUAAACAUUUAGUAUUUUAACAUUUUAUGUUUUUAAGUGAUGCUUAGCAAACCUUUCUUGGCUAAAAUUCGCGAAAUUUCAAUAUAUAGCUAAUAAAUAGCAAAAUAAUUAGAUUUUAAAUAGCUAUUUAUUUCAUAUUCAUAGAAAGUUGUGAGAAUUGAGAAAGGGUAAAUGUAUUUAUUUAACUGGUCCAAAUUUCCCAGUUUGAGUUAAUUUAAAAUUUUUCAUGAGAUAAUGGAAAUAUUAUAUUUACAAAAAUAUUUAUAGUUUUUGUGUUGGUAGUUAUUUUGUCACUUGCCAAAACACCAUUUUUCGACAAAACACCACCAAAAAUUCUCACAAUGAGCGUGGUUUGAUAGAACCAUGCCUAGAUGCGCAAAGCUUGACAUGCCUAGAUGCGCAAAGCUUUCUGGUAUAGCGUCACAAUUCACACCGCCUUAUUUUAAAAUUUUUUUAGUUUAAAUUUUCCACUCGAAAUACAGAGCUUUCAUUUAGCGAAAAUGAUAUGUAUUUUAAAGAUUAAACAUCAGGGAUGACUGGGUAACAUCCAGGUGAGAAUUUUGUUAUGUUUUAUAUACAAAGAGAGCAAUUUUGAAAUGAAAUAUUUACUAUCUUCAUUUGUGAAUUUUGAGCAUGUGUUUCGGCUUAAAAUUUCAUUAUUUCUAUGUUCUAAGCGCGCUUUACAAAACUAAACCUACGUUACAGUUGAAUGAAAUCAUUAAGUUAUUUAUGGAUUGAUGAAAUGAUCAGAUAAGCUAGAAACUAAGUAAUUAAGUAAUAUAUAUACAAUUUUGCUGUGCUAUAUUGCGGCCUGAUUUUUAAAGACUGUAGUAUUUACGUCAAGGUGAGCAAUAUGAAAAACCAUUUUAACGGCCAACAUGAACAGGCGUUCAUGGCAUUCCCUAGCCUUCCUUUACGUUCCCUAGCUUCCUUUGCAUUCCCUAGCCUUCCUUGGUCUUCCUUAGCCUUCCUUGGGAUUCCCUAGCCUUCCUUGGGAUUCCCUAGCCUUCCUUGGGAUUCCCUAGCCUUCCUUAACAUUCCUUAGCCUCCCUAGCCUUCCUUACCCUUCCCUAGCCUUCCUUAGCAUUCCUUAGCCUUCCUUAUACAAUUGUUGUAUUAUAUUGCUGUUUGAUUUUUAAAGACUGUAGGAUUUACGUCAAGGUGAACAAUAUGAAAAAUCAUUGUAACAGCUGACAUGAACAGGUGUACAAUGGUAAAUAAUAGUUUAUGGGUUAAACCCAUAUUUCUGUCAAUCAUUCCCAGUAACCCACAUCCAUUAUCACAGUCAGUCAAAAAGUAGGCAAAUCCCCUAGUUAUUGACAGUGGUGUAGGAAGACCUUAACGUAUCGAGGUGCGAAGCGAACGGCGAAGGGUAGGGGGUCCGGGGCGAUGCACCCCAUGAAAAUUUGAUAUCCAGAGUCCCUAAAAUGAAUUUCUCAGUGUAGAAGGACCUAAAGUAAUAAUACCUCUGUUGAUAAUACAGUCAAUCUUCUUCCUCACUGUCACUGUCUACCUCAGUUGCUCGAAGCAGUGCAAAUUCAAACAGCUUUUUCGCUGAACUUCGCAGUGGUUUUUCUUUCUUGCUUGAACUUGAGCCUUGUAAGGAUGAAGAUGAUGAUUUUCCGGCAGCAGCUCGCAGGCAUUCAUUUUUAUUUAGACGUCUGUACAAGACAGCAUUCAAACGUUGAUUUAGCUUGUGCUAGAGUAUCACAUAGCUCUGGUAUGGGCAAUUGCAGUAGCUGCUGCUGUUCCAGGCAUACCAGCAUUGGUAGCUGUUGAGCGAGAAUUGGUUUCAGACAAAUUUUCAUUCACCGACAACAACAUCGUGGAUGCUUGCUGAAGCAAUUCAGCAGCCUUUGUUAUCAUUGUUUGACAAUGGCGGCGAAAACGUAUGAACUCGUACUAAAUUCCAUACAUCUGGUGGUGCUAACUGAGCACUCGACCCCGUCCUCAAAUAUUGAAUGAAUUUUUUAAUAUUGAAUGAAUAUUUUUAUCGAAUGCAUAUUGUUACAGGAUUAAAUUAAAUACAUGUACACACAAAUGAUUAAAUUGAAUGAACAUUUUAUAUUGAAUUGAAUGAGUAUAAAAGAUUAAACUGAAAGAAUAUAACUUUAUUAAAUGUAUAAUAGAUUAAAUUGAAUGAAUAAUUUUAUAUUGAAUAUUGCUACAAAUGAGCAGGCAUACCUAAUUUAAAUAGGGAAAAACCUUGAGAGAAAAUCAUAGUAAAAAUAGGAAAUAAAUACUUUGACAAAUAGGAAUUAAAUAGCCCAAUAAAAUAUGAAUUAAAUAGCAAUUACAUAGUGUUUGAUUCUACAGGGGAGUUCAAGCAUUUGCAAAGCUGAAAGUUCGAUCAUCAAUGAUUGCGGGCAUGGGUUACCAUGCAUGGUUCGGUGUUGGCUGGGUGGUCAUCACUGAUUUCAAAAUAUGGCCUGUUUGCCAGGAUUGAAGAAGGCAAAAAUAUUAAAAAUACAUGUAAGAAAACUUGGAAAAUUGUAAAACGUUCUUCAAUUUUUAAACAAACAUGUAUAAGAAUUGAUUUAGCAUAAGAAAUCCUAAACUGAUCUAAAGUAUGGGGCAAGUUUGUUUCAAUUGUUUAUGUAUGCCUUUGUAUUAGAUAAAUAUACUCUAUAGACUUUGUUCUUUCUCAAGUCUUUCCUAUGCAUUGUAUGUGAAAGUUUCUUAGUUAAAUUAAAGGGGCCCUACAGUCAUUUUUUAGUUGAAAAGCUACCUUUUGGGAUUGUUUACAUUUUUUGUUAUUGUCGCUACUUGACAUGCACAACACAGCAUGCAUGUGUCUUCCGGUGUGCUGAAGUACUCAUACUCAUGGAUACUGCAUGUAAGAUACAGCCAAACGAACCUCUGUGGAGUUCCCUACUUAAGGUGGCUUUUCGACUAAAAAAUUACUGUAGGGCCCCUUUAAGUUUUGUAGAAGUUCAUGAUAAUUAAAAGGAAAGCAAAUUAUUUUCAUCAGCGUCCUGUAGAAACAGGGGCGCACAUUUAAUAAAUUUUAAGGGGGGUUUGGACGGAUACGGGACCGACUUUUGAUUCGGGAAAGAUCCGGGACCGACUGUUGUUCAUAAAUUAUAAUGAAGAAUGAUAAAUUGUUUAUUGGAGACCAAUAUCUAAAGCAUUUGAAAUGGCAAUUUGACAGAUAAAACAGACAAUUUUGCGAGGUUAAUUGCCGAGGCAAGAAUUUUGCAUGUCUUCAACAUUGUCGGUAAGGGCUUGUGUUUGUUCGUCGAGGACUUGGAUGAAUUCUUUUCUGUAGAAAUCCUUGAGGGUAAGUUUUUUGCUGUUUAUGGUCUUUUGUCCACUCUUCUUGUUGGGCGUCUGUAAUGAUGUUGGUGGUAUUCAUUAUUAGCAUCGACUCCAUGGCAUUCAGAAAAUUUCACAUCAGCAGUAAUCAGGUUGUUUACAUUUUGUUCAUCAUCACAUAAGUAGUACAGAGUGGAAAUGGUGGCUAAACCACGGUGGCUUUAGCAGGUUCUAGAGCUUUUAAAGUUUUUUAAGUUUAGACAUAGGUAAUGAGAACCAUAUUGCCGUCCUAGUAAUAAUUUUAUGCCACAAUAGUCUCUAAAUGUUACUCAAAAGGUGCAGUAUUUUUAGGUUCAAUGAUAUCAACUCCCCUAAAGAACAUGCCUAUUCAUCCCAUGACCAUUCCAUCUGUCUCCAAUUUGGGAAGGCAAGAGGAUGUAUCCCUUAAUAAAAGGUAUUUUAAUAGCCAUAUUUGACAAUUCAAAUGUUUGCAUUACUAGUGACACAAUCAUGAUAGCAACAGUGCUUUGUCAUGUCAUGAGAAAAAAGUGGGGGGGGGGGAUGAAAUAAAAAUAAAUGCCAGAGAAGCAUUAAUUUACAAAGUAAGAGCAGUAAUAAAGGUAAGGAAAAGAGUGGGGGGAGGGGCCACUUGCCCCUCUGCUCAACAGUACCUGGUAUAGGUUUUAUUCCAGAACUCACAGAAAUCAGCUUCUCGCAUGUACUGUAUAUACUUAUAACCCUGCAUUUUGAGGAAAAUUCAGGAAAAUUGAAUAAUUUUGCAAGGAAUUUCGACAUGGAAACAGCAACCUUCGCAAAUUGCAAUUGGCUGUGCAGCUUCAUAUUUUGAGAAGAAAGCAACACUGUUCGAUUCAGCGUAAGAAAUUGUACUUACGGAUGUCAAGUGUAUUACUAAACACCAGCAUUCUAGCGAUUUAUGGCCUUUGAAAAUCAAGCGAAAUUGUAUUGUAUGACAAAUCACUCGCAGUACGUUUUGUUGACAAAUUACUCACACUGUGUUUGUCCUUGUAUUUGUACUGCCUAAUGGCGCAAUAAGGAUAAAAAUACGUACCACUGUUCAAUUCAGCAUAAGAAACUGUACUUACAUAUGUCAAAUUUAUUACUAAGCACCAGUAUUCUAGCGAUUUAUGGCCUUUGAAAAUCAAACGAAAUUGUAUUGUUGACAAUUUGCUCGCAGUACGUAUUGUCGACAAAUCACUCGCAGUACGUUUCGUAGUGUAUUUGUAUUAAAUGCCUAAUGGUGCAUGUAGCCACCAAGUGCUACGGAUUCCCCAAUGAGAUAGACACGACAGUUUUCUUUUAUGAAUUAUAAACGUUUGUUUCUCGAUUUGUUGGUUUUCUAAAUACAAGUUACAUAAACAAUGAAUCCUACCUAUAAACUAAGUCGAAUUACAGUUAUACCGUACAAUAAUACUAAAUACAUACAUAUACAAAUUUCUUACCUCACAAUGAGGAAUCGCCCUAGCUAGUUGUCAUAUAAAUAAUAUCUCUCGGUUAAUCGUCACUGUUCUUCGACAAAGUUCUAACAUACAAACUGAACAGGCCGAAAUUCACCCUUAAAUAAUAUUUGAUCUUGAGCCUGCGUACACCGAUAAUUAUAAAUUAUAAUUUGGGCUUUACAGUGCAAUAAGGAUAAAAAUACCACUGUUCGAUUCAGAGUUAGAAAUUGUACUAAUUAUGGAUGUCAAAUGUAUUACUAAACAACAGUAUUCUAGCGAUUUAUGGCCUUUGUCUUUGAAAGUCAAGCGAAAUUGUAUUGUUGACAAAUCGCUCAAAAUUAUUAAACUAAUUAUAAAAAAAUACAGUAUGUUUGAUCCUUAAUAACUUUGGUUUCAUUGGUUUUCUCUUUUUUUGGCCUUAUACCAGUGAUCGUCUCAUUUCUCUCUUCAUUUUGAUAGUAUUUUGAGCCCAAAAGCCCCCAAAAUAUUCUAUUUUGAACGUUUUAAAGCGCAAUUUAAAAAUGAAAAUUAAAGCCCAGCAAAUGACUUUGAGACAAGACAUAACAAAAUAUAUAAUUUAUUGGCUAUUUAUUGCUUCAGAACUACUAGCACUGGCAAGGAUUUUAAAAUCAGAGGGUGAAAUUUGAUGUUUAGUGGUAUGGAUAUGAGUGAGUAUGCCUGACAUGGUUGAAGCAGAAUGUUUCUUUCCAGUCAAAGGUGAAAAACCCAUGUGUUCAGAGAUAUGCAUGUGUAUGUGUCAGUGAGUUUGACCAACAUACAAUGCACCACAGCAUUGACACUUAUACAAAUACACCACAUGUGAUCUCAGCUCACAGGGAAUUUUGUCCUUAAAUGGAAAGAAAUUAGAAAGACGGAAAGAAGGACAAAAGACGACACGUAAAGAAAUGUGUGGAUAGGCAGAGGAAAGAAAUUUUUGAAGUUGUGAUCGAAUUUGCAAAACAUGAUGACCAGUAAAAGGAAUACAAAAAAUAUAUAACCUUUUUCAAGCAAGUAUGAACUUUAUCACGAGAAUUAUACAUUUUGUCAAGGAAUGAUUUGAUACAACUAUCCUCAGGUGUUGCAGGAUAACCAUUAAGAGAGAAGGUUUUCUUGAACUUUUCCAUUUCCGAAUGGAAAAAUACAUAAGAAGAGCAAAUGUUGAAAUAACGAGAGAGAUAAGUGAGAAAAGUAAACCUUUCUUGUACAGCAUUGGAAUAAAACUGUCAAAAUUGGUAAACAAUCCCGUAGAGGUAGAUUUAUGAUGAACCGUGGUAGUGAAAGAACCGUUACAAUGAAUGACUUUGAUGUCUAGAAAAGUUAGGCACAAAUUUCCUUCAAGCUCAUGACUAAAUUGAAUGUUGUGGUGUUUCGAGUUUAGAUAGGAAAGUAAAGGAAUAACAUGGUCGUGUGAUGUGAAAAUAAGAAAACAAUCAUCAACAUACCGACGGUAGAAUAUAGGCUUAAAAACAGAAGGGCAGUCAGCUAACCAGGAUUUUUCAUGAAAAGAUAGGAAUAUAUUAGCAAACAAUCGGCCUAAGGGUGAACCCAUUGCUACACCAUCAACCUGCUUGUAUAAAACAUCAUCAAAUAAAAAAUGGCAAUUUUUCACAGAAAGGUUUAACUAUUAAUAUAAUUAUUAGCAAAUGCUUUGCUAUUGCUACACACUAUCAUGCCAUCUCUUGUGAUCAAUUUAAAGAACUCUUAAACCUCUCUAUAGAAGAAUUGAAUGCUGAACAAGACAACAUGAAAAGACAAAGCAACCCCUGAGUAAGUUAUUAUAUAUGUUUAAUUUAAAGGGUAUGAGCAACAAAAAAUUUUAUUGCUUCAUCUGAAAGAGCAUAAAAAAUAAGCCAAUUGGCCGUUUAAUGCUCUACUCUAUCUCAUCUAGUUCCGAAGUUAUACGCAAAAAUGUGCAAAAUAUGAAUUGUUGAUUCAGCACAAUGUGUGACGUCAUUAGCUGGGUAAACAUGUUUACUGAAUACUAAACUGAAGCAUAGCUCAGUUAUUAUGGGCCCAAAUCAAAUGAAAUUUUGGGUACUGAUUGUACAUGAUGAGACACAUUGAAAAACACUUCUAAUUUUGUUGCCAAGGUAACAAUGUCGUUCCAAGGCCCCUAGCGCCAAUUUUAUAAAACAGCUUUAUUCAUGGUACUUAUAAGAAUAAAAUAAUAUCAGAAGUAUGUGUACCAUACCUAUGCAUGCCAAAAGUUUACUUGCAUGAUAAUAAUUCGAAAAUGACAUACCCAUUGAUAAAUGCAACUAGUUAUUCAAAAUCAGUGUAAGGGGCCUGGGAACGACUGUGUUGUCUUGACAACAAAAUUAGAGGUAUUUUCCUAUGCGUCUCAUCAUGUACUAUCUGUAUGCAAAAUUUCAUUUGAUUUGAGCUGAUAAUAACUGAGCCAUUGCUAUUCAAUAAACAUACUUACCCAGCUAAUGACGUCACACAUUGUGCUGAAUCAGCAAUUUAUAUUUUGCAGAUUUUUGCGUAUAACUUCGGAACCAGAUGAGAUAGAAUAGAGUGUUAAACGGCCAAUCGGCUUAUUUUUCAUGCUCUUUCAGAUGAAGCAAUAAAAUUUUUUGUUGCUCAUACCCUUUAAUCCCCAUUCAAGGUAUACUAUGUAGUAAUAGAGUAUCUCUUAUAAUCAGUGGUUUUAACUCUAAAGAUAUGUUUCAUUACAGAUUUAAUACAUGUAGUGAUAAUUACUGUAUCACAACAAUAAUUUUUGCUGUGUUAAAUCUAAAAUACAUUUUAUUAAUAGUGUCAUGAAUGAAGUCAGUGAUGAUGAAAGUGUUGGGCUAGAGGAUGACAUUUUCAAAAUGGUGACUGAAGAUGCAAAACAUGAGACAGAUGUGUGA